UUUAUUGUUAUUUGUUGGUGUGUUGUCGUAAAAGCGGUUGCGGUAGAAUUUUAGAGGUGUAUUUAGUGAAGCAAGGAAAUAACAAAAAAAUACAUGUAUUCUAAAAAAAUAUAAAAAUCGAAGCCGUAAUUAUUCCUCUAAUUUUCAACGAAUUUUUGGGAGCAAAAAGUUGGAAAGUUUGUUGUAAACGGAAGAAAUUUUUUUUUUUUUUUUUUUUUUUAUUUGUUAUGAUAAAUGCUAAAAUGAAUAGAACGCGGCGAAUACUCAGUAAAAGUGCUUGAAAUGUUUGUUAAGAGAAUGGGAAUAAAAAAUAAUUACUAACGUCAAAAGGUUCAAAUGAUUGAGUUUGUUUAACAAAUUUUUUAAAGCAUGAAAUGGCAGUCUGUGUGUGCGGUGACUGCGGUGUGUGUAUAAAGUAUAUCAAAGCUUUAUAAACUUGGCUUAAAUAUAAAAUUUUAAAUAUCUAUAUAUAUAUUAUUGCAAAUCGAAUAUCAUAUGCAAAAUGAAAAAGAGAUGAACUUGACGAAUAGCUUGGAAAAAUUUAGCAGGCACAUGCACAUACAUGCAACUAAAUGAAGGAUACAAAACAAUUUUCGAAACAAAAACUAGGAAUUAAUUACUUCGAAAUAAUAAUUUAGCCCUUUUGACAAUUAAAGUUCCUUUUGAAAAUUGUCUCAAUUUUUACAAAAUAUUCUUUAAAUACAUUUACCGCCUUAACUAUAAUAUAUUUUGUCUUCGACAUGUUUUCAUUUUACAAAAAAUCCUACGAAAUGCCUUAGGGUGGUUUUAGUUAUUAAGAAUUAAAACGAAAAUCAAUAAAUAUAUAAAACGACGAAAUAGUUCACAGGAUGAUAUCCUUUGCUUACUUUGCAAAGCGUUAAAUAGCAAAAUGGAUAAAUUUGUGACUUAAAAAAAAAAACAUAAACAAAAAAUUUUUCGGUGUGAGAAAUAUAAAUUAUAUAUUUAUUAUGCUUAUGUGUAUGUAUAUGUGGACUUUCUUUUAUAAAAGGGAAUAACUUACAAAAACUGCAAAUAACAAUCGCGAAAAUGUUUUUUUAAAAUUGUUUUUCUACUCGUUGUGAUUAACCAACGAUUUUCCUCCGUUCUUUAAAGGAAAACAUGCAUUCCUGCCCGUUGCGAGAGUCGCUCGAAAUAAUGAAUCGGGUAUCUCGGAAACCUUUAAAAUCACUGUACUGAGAUAAUCGUAAUGAAAGCUCGAUGAUGUUCUUUUAAGGGACCUUGCAUUUGUAACAGAUUCCCUUCAAAUCUUUCAUUAAGAGAUUAUCUUUUUCAAAAAGUCAGAACCAUUAAAGUAAUUAAAAUAUCAUGACUUUCUAUUGGUGGUCGCAUUGGUUUUGGAUAACAUUUUUAAGCCUUGCUUUCUUCGAUUUAAUGGUGGCUGUACACACAUAUCCCAGUCAGGAAACCACCUCAAGGAAUUACAAUCAAAAUAAUAAGCCAUUAAGCAAAGCCUCAAUAACGAAAUUAUAUCAGGCAACAACAGCAGUGGCCUGGGCAACUAAAGCUUUUAAUUCUAGCAGUAACUACAUGGAUGUAGCAGCUGAAACAACUGUACUUCAUACAGUGAACGUACUCGAUAAUAGCAAAGGAACUAAAAUUUCCAAUUUAAAAAUAAACAGCAACGAAAAUCAGAAUAAUAGAGUAAUAGAAAAACAACAAUACAACGAUACCGAAGAAGAAGAAGAUAAUGAUAAUGAUGACGAUAAUGAUAAUGAUAAUGAUGAUGAUAAUGAUAAUGGUAAUGAUAAUGAUGGUGGUGAUGAUUGUGGAGAAAGGGAAAUGGGAAAACAACAUAAAAUUGGGAAUAACAUCGAUCAGAAUGAAGUGAAAAGAUCAGCUGAGAAUUAUAAUAGGACCUUAGUUGAAAAUGAAAAUUUAGGAAAUUUAAAUAUUUCCUCUGAAACGGUAGCGGAGAAAAAUAAUUACACAAAUUUUAGCAGUAAUGCUAAUAAUAAUAAAUUUUUAAGUACAAAUUCAAUAAAUUCUACAAAUAUUUCAAGUAAUUCAAUAGCAUUAACAUCAUCCACGAAUGACGUUAACGAUAGUCAAUCUUCUAAUGUGGUGAAUGCCAGUAGCAGCAGCAGCAGUGGUAGCAGCAGCACUGCCACCACCACCACCACCACCACCACCACCAUGAUCUUGACAAAUCAAAUGUCGAGAAAUGCCAAUAAUAAUAAUAAUAAUAAUAAUAAUAAUAAUAACAAUGAGCAAACAAUCAAAUCAACCAUUGAAUGGUUAAAUGUAAUGGCAGCUCACUUACCAGCAUCGCAUAGCGUUACAACAACCGAUAUUAAUAAUAAUAAUAAUAAUAAUAAUAAUGAUCAUGGAACUCACAAAAUGCCUUUUACUCUCGAAAAUGUUAAUAAACAGGACGAAUUACGUAGAGUUGAUACUGAGCAUCGUUCCCGCAAAUCGAAGGGAUUGUCCGCAGAGUACAAACAUAUACAGCGUUUUAUAAAUUAUUCGUCAGAUUCGAAAAAUCUUUUAACGAGAUCAGCAUCAACAACACCCAAUGAUUACGAUAUGAAUGAUGAGGGCAACGUAUCAUCAGAAGCGCUAUCGGUCCAGCGAACCUAUUUUAUGGAUGUAGGAGCCAUAUCCGCCAUAUGUUUUACCGUUUUCGGUAUUUGCUGUACCGUAGGUACUAUCAGUAUUGUAUUGUAUCGUCGACGAUUCUUAAAUAAACCUCAGGCGUUAAGUGAACCGGACUCGAGUGUUUACAUCGAUGAUAGUACAAUGCGUGUUAGUGAUAAUUCCGAUGAAAUGUAUAGCCUGGAUAAUGAUUCAUUUUUAAAUUCAUUGGAGGCCAUGACAAUACAAAAUUAUUGGACCGACACUGUUAAACAUACAAAGCUUUAAAUUCUCUUCUCUAAGUUAAGCUGAUAUUUUUCAAUAAGUUUAACUAUAAUAAAAAAAUAUUAGGAAAUUUUUUAAUAGCAAUAACUAACUAAUUCGUUCACAUUCUGAACUUUUAUUUUAAUUUUAAUUUUAAUUUUUUUUUUUUUUUUUUAAUUAAUUUUAUGUGAACUUGAAAUAAAAGUCUCUAACAAAUCAUUCCUUCCAAGACAUUAAUUAGAUUCAAAAUUUAAAUUAAAAAAAAACAUUAUUAACUAAACAUAAGUUAAUUCCUUCUGGGCCUCAAUAAUUUUUUAAAAUUUCAUACUUUUUCUCUGUUUUUUUUUUUUUUUUUUUUUGAGCUAAUUAACACAGACCUAAACUCGGAAAAUGUUCAUUGAAAAUAAAAUCAUCGUCUAUUGUCCUGUAUGUAGAAUAUGGUUAUCGCCCAAUACAAAACUAGAAGGAUUUGUAGAGUUGUGCAAAUCUAAGAUAAAAUUGAUGAUAUCCAGGCACAGACAUUAAACUAGAAAUUCUUGAAUUAAAUUGAAUAACUCUCUUCCAAAUGUGAUCUUCAGUUAUGACCAAUUCGGCCAUCGUCGAAGUUCAUUGGCCUUAACUCAUUAUUCCGUUAAAAUUAAAUCUCUGUCUGAGUGCCGAGGGCCGAAUUUCUUCAAUGUUUUUAAACAAUCCAUCUAAAAUUGAAAUAUGUCUGAGAACGUGCCGGCUGAAGACCCUCAUAUACAGUCGUAGUAUUCUAUUUUAUUCCUUUGCGUCAAUUUUGUGGGAGCUUUUUUACAAAAUAUUGGGUAGUUCUUGCAUUAGCAGAAUUAUAAACUAGUGAUCGUGAUAUACGUAAGUCCAUGAAUUUUAUAUGCAUUUUCAAAAGCAUCUGUUGGUCUACGAUAAAAUUGCAGACUUUAACAUAUGUCACAACAUAACCUCAAAAAGUAACUCUAUAAAAGAUAUCGUAUGUGAAUAAUUAAAAAAUAAAUAAAUGAGAGCUUCGAUCUUGCGCACAGGGUAUACCUCUAUGUCUAUAUGAGUUGACUCGUGUUUUAGUAUUUUUCCAUUUUUUUUUUUUUUUUUUUUUUUAAACAAAAAUACUUCUUCCAAAAUGUAAUAACGUAUGUCACGAUUCAGUCACCUAUUCUUCUUUCUUUUUUUUUUUGUCCAAAAUGUAAAAUAAGUUAUGAUCGGACAUCACAAUCAGGGUAUAUCCUUGGGCAUUUGAAAGACAAUUUGUAAGACAAUCAUCCAUCCAUCCAUUCACAGUUUAAGGUCUUAAAAACUAUAUUUAGUGAAGAAAUGAAUUGCAAUUUUAACUCUCAACAAACGAACUAUAAAAACCUACAAAAUUACAUAAAUAAAUUUUUGUUUUUUGAUCAAAAAAAAAA